CCGGAGGCGAGGGCGAUGGCGCGGGGCGCGGAGUUUGCGCUGCUGCUGGUCCUGAUUUCUUUUGCCUUUGGAAGCGGACUCCACUUAGAGGUUUUGAACAAAAGAAAUGAAAAUAAGCUGCUUCCUAGACACACUCACCUAGUACGGCAGAAACGGGCCUGGAUCACAGCACCCGUGACUCUUCGGGAGGGUGAAGAUCUGUCCAGAAAGAAUCCGAUUGCUAAGAUACAUUCUGAUGUGGAAGAAGAAAAACGCCUAAAAGUUACAUACAAAUACACUGGAAAAGGAAUUACAGAGCCACCUUAUGGUUUAUUUGUCUUUAAUAAAGACACUGGAGAUUUGAACAUUACCAGGAUUAUUGAUAGAGAAGAAACACCUUAUUUUCUGCUCACUGGUUACGCUUUGGAUAACCAAGGAAACAACCUGGAGAAACCACUAGAACUCCGCAUUAGAGUACUUGAUAUCAAUGACAAUGAGCCAGUAUUCACACAGGAGGUCUUCAUUGGUUAUGUUGAAGAAUUGAGUGCUGCACGUACUUUUGUGAUGAAAAUCACCGCAACUGAUGCAGAUGAGCCCAAUACUCGAAAUUCUGAAAUUUCUUAUAGAAUCCUAUCUCAGCAACCUGCGUUUGCAUUCCACCUAGAUAAAAGUACAGGAGAGAUCUAUACCACCAUUAAUUCCUUGGACAGAGAGGAACACAGCAGCUACAGUUUGACGGUAGAUGCAAGAAACGAGAAUGUACAAAUAACGGAUAGACCAGCAAAACAAGCUACAGUUCAGAUUCGUAUUUUGGACGUCAAUGACAAUAUACCUAUAAUCCAAAGUGAAGCGUUUGAAGGGGUCGUUGAAGAAAACCAAGUCAAUGUAGAAGUUAUACGCAUAAAAGUGUCUGAUGCAGAUGAAAUUGGCUCUGAUAAUUGGUUAGCAAAUUUUACAUUUGUGUCAGGAAAUGAAAAGGGUUAUUUCCGCAUAGAAACUGAUGCUGAAACUAAUGAAGGAGUUGUGACCCUUAUUAAGGAAGUAAAUUAUGAAGAAAUUAAGCAUCUCGACUUCAGUGUUAUUGUCACCAACAAAGCAGCUUUCCACAAGUCAGUUAUAAAUACAUAUAAACCUGUACCCAUUCCCAUCAAAGUAAAGGUGAAAAAUGUGAAAGAAGGCUUUCGUUUAAAAAGCAGCACAAUCUCGGUUCAAGUUAGCGAGGGCAUGGAUAUAUCAAGCCAAAGCAAAGUAAUUGGAAAAUUUCAAGCUUUUGACGAAGAUACUGGGCAGGUCGCCCGAGUAAGCUAUUCCAAACUGGAAGAUAUAGACAACUGGAUAUCUAUAGAUUCUGUCACAUCUGAAAUUAGACUUAUAAAAAUUCCUGAUUAUGAAUCUAGAUAUGUCCAAAAUGGUACAUACACUGUAAAGAUUUUGGUUGUAUCAGAAGGUACCAACGUGCUAUUGGAGAAAAAGGAACCAAAUCUUGGGAGAAGUAAAAUUCAGUUCCUGAUUUCCGACACUAAGGACUUCAGCUGCCCUGAAAAGCAGAUCCUGGAUGUCACUGUGUGUAAGUGCCUUGAUGGCAGUGGUUGUGUCGAAGCACUACAUGACUCCGAUGUGGGUCUGGGACCCUCAGCGAUCGCCAUCAUAAUUUUGGCCUUUCUGCUCUUGCUAUUGGUACCGGUUCUCCUGCUGAUGUGCCAUUGUGGAAAGGGCACCACAGGCUUCACGCUCAUUCCUGGCACCAUAGAGAUGCUGCAUCCUUGGAAUAAAGAAGGGGCACCCCCUGAAGACAAGGACUUGCCACUGCUUCCGAAAGAUAGAAUCGACCUGGGCCUUAGAGUUGGAUCUGGUACCUCAACCGAUGGCGCCAUCGACAAAGAAAAGAUCUCUGUUCCCCUUGGCAAAGGGCACAUGGACUUGUGUGGAAGCUACAGAGGAAACAGAAACAUUUCUGUCGGGCCUAGCCAGGGUAUAGGAUCAAUCGACAUUGAUACCCUCAACAAAAGACCAGUCACAUCUUUCAGAGACGUGACCACCGCUGUUACAGUCACUGGAGCUCAAGCCAGUCCUGUUGGAGUGAACCAGGAAUUCUUAAGAAAUUAUUUCUCUCAGAAAGUAGCUGCUUACACUGAGGACGAUGACUUCCAUGCGGUCAGAGACUGCCUUCUGGUAUAUUCUCAGGAAGACACUAACUCUCUACAUGGUUCCAUUAGCUGUUGCAGUUUGAUUGAAGGAGAAGUAGAUAACUUCUCCUUAGAUGAUUUAGGAUUUAAAUUCAAGACCCUAGCUGAAGUCUGCUUGGGUCGAAAAAUUGUUACAGAUGUGGAAAUUGAACAACAGUCUGUCCAAGAAACAGACACGAAGGCAGCCUCCCAUUCACACUAUGAGCAAACCAGAGCUGACUCAGACAAUACCUACAACUCUGGUAGGUAUGAAGCAAAGGCAGAGAUAGUAACUCCGGAAAGAGUUACUGAAAGGUCUGUGUCUUCCAGGCAGGAUCAGAAGGUAGCAACAGCCCCUCCUGAUCCCUUGGCUUCCGGUAACGUUCUAGUGACAGAAACUACCUAUACCACAGGCUCUGCUCUGUCGCCAAGCACAGUGAUCUUGGCUCCCAGAAAGCCUCAGGGCCUGAUUGUGACGGAGCGGGUAUACGCCCCAGCAUCCACCUUGGUGGAUCAGCAUUAUGCCAGUGAAGGUAAUGUUGUGGUUACCGAGAGAGUAAUACAGCCUAACGGGGCCCUAGCUGGGCCUAGUGUUGGCCACUCUCAUUCUUCUGUCUCCUCAUCGUCCACCAGAGUCUCUAAGCACAGCACCAUCCAGCAAUCUUACUCCUAAGCGCGGUCAGCACAGUCUGAGCCAGAGGUUAACUCGCAGCAACUGAUGCAUGUUUUCAGUGGAUCUGGUUUUUCCUGAGCCUUACAGGGUCAUAAUGCACAAAGGACCUCACUGUCUCAGCUUCUAGGGGUGUGCUAAGAUUGCCCCGUGAGUUACAGUGGGCAUAAUGAUGAGGCUGCAUCUGAAAUCAUACAGUAUUCAUAAAAGCAGCCAGAAAGAAGGUGACUCCUCUGAAUUUACCAAAUUCGCAGAGUAUCAAGUUCAUUGGUCACUGACAGGACCACCCACGAAGCUGCCCGGACCUCUGCACACUUUAAUAUUGCUUCCUAUAUUCUCUACUUGACUGCAUCUAGCAGA